AUGGAGAAAGCCUACCGCGUCCGGUCCACGGGCGUGCUGCUCACGUACUUCGGCGUGCAGGGGUCAGGGAAGACGGAAUGGGCCCAGAGUUUGUUCCAGAAUCCGCUGGUGGUGAAGGUGGGCAAGCUCGAGCACUUUCCAGAGUCGAUGAGGGCCUUCGACAAGGAGAAGCACGACGGGCUGGUCCUCGACGACUUGAGGGACUCUCAGUUUUUGGUGGAUCACCAGGACAAGCUCCAGGGCAAGUACAACUCACUAGUGGAGUUUGCCUCCGCUCCGGGCGGCGACUUGGCCUACUGGACGGACCUGUUCGCAGCUCAAGCUUUCCUCCCGCGGGCCGCUGCGCUCGCGGAACACGCGCCCCAGAUGCCAGUCGCCAGCGAGAUGCGGCACCCGAAGGGUUUCAGCUUCCAGCAGGAGCGCAGGAUCGCGCUCCUCCGCGACGCCACCCAAGGCGACGGCAGCCAGAUGGAGUGGUCGGAGAUUGCGAAGAAAGUGAGAAACCUCCUGGGCCACAGGCCCCGACCGCGACGCGUGGCCAACGCGCGCCGCCGGGCCACGGCGCGUCGCGGACCCUUGAAGUACGACUACAAGAAGUGCGGGAAGAAGCCGGACAAGGUGACAAAGGAGGUGGAGCGGUUCUUGGUGAAAAAGUUGAAGGCGUUGCGUUGCCGUGCCGCUUGCACGUCGACCGUUUUGCAAUUGCUGCUGGCGCCCGAGAUGAACGUGAAGGUCACGGUGCGCUACGCGCGCAAGGUCUUCGAGAAGGAGGGCUACCGCUGGCUGCCGAAGAGGCAGCAGCGAUUGUACUCGAAGGAGCAGAAGGACGCUCGCCUGGCGCUUGCGAAGAAGACCCUCAGGGUGACUUCGGCGGAGCUGAACGCAGCCAUGGCAUACGCAAUGGGUGGCGUCGUCCUCGCGAUGCCCCCGAAGGACGAGACCGAGCGGACGAACUUUUGCAGGCGCGGCGAAGAGUUCAUGUGGCGGAAGAACACAGAGGCAUUCAGCCCGAAGCUCUCUGGCGACGACGAGUACGGCAACCAGGUCCCGCUUGCUCGGGCGGUGCCGAUGUGGGCUGGCUGCGCUGCGGGCGGGCUCUCCAUCGUCGCUAUCCACCCCUUCAAGAAGCUGUGCGGCGAGGACUGGGCGAUGAUCGUGAGCCGGGGUGACCUUGUGAGGGCCGUGAAG